GCACUACAAAUAUUCUACAAUUUUUCCUCCUCAUAAUCAAAGGUCUCCUGUCCACAAUCCCCUAUUUAAUCCUUGUUAAAUCCGAAGUCCAAACUUAGCUAACUCAGCCUCUUUUUUUCUUGUAGACACAGCUUUCCUUGACCUUAAAAAAUUAUGAACAACCCGUGAUGCCAUCUAUGUCCAAUAUAAAAAUAAGUACUACGUACUUAUAUGUAAUUAAUCUCAACUCAGUGCUCGAUGAAAUCCAAGAUAUGUACCGUAGACGCGUGCUGUUAAUAAUGUCGCAAUCGCAGCAUCACUCGCGAAACCAUAAUAAUGUUGCACAUCCAUUCCUAUACAAACAAAAUUUCAAUCUGUUUGCACGUAUGGGAGCAUUAAUGGACGCCUGGCUAACACCUCCAAAGAGAGGCCCCAAAUCGUAGGGCAAAGAAGAGAAGAGUGAUUUGUCACAGUACAACGUGGUUUCAUUGUUGUCGGCUACAAGCACCAAAAGAUCAUUAGGAGAUGUCGUUGUCUUCUGCUAACAGAAGGAGAAACCAAAACAUGCAUGAACAGUUUCAUGGCGUGAUGAACAAACUGUUGAGCCACGGGCUGGCUCCAAUUAAUCAUCAACCCAAGUUCGAGUUUGUGCCACUCGUGUUGCGGUGGUUAGCAGCUCGAUAACCUUUUCGAUUCAACUCUCACAAUCUAUCGAUCAUUCGGGGGAAAAUAUCGUAUUCUUUUAAUAGAUAUUAACAUAACGAUAAGUCAAAUAAUCUGCUUUCAUGAAUUUAUCGGAGUAUUUGGUGGUGAGAAACAGGAUUGAGUUUUGCAGGCAGUUAGAUGGAGUAAGUCAGCGAAGCAUUUCAUUGAAGGGUAUAAUUCAACCAGGGUGAAAAGGACUUGUGAUGGUCUAGGAGCUCUGAACUUCUACUGUAGGAAUUAAAGAUAGUCGCCAAGGUGGGUUCAAUGAACUUGAUAUAAUAAGCAAAUAGGGGUUAACCAAUAAUAACCACUACUGGGCCCUAAGUUUUGACCAAACUUCUUUUCUUGUUAAUGAGUUCGUGUACAUAUUUUUGCUCUCUAUAGUUUAGGUUAUAAUCUAGUAACUAUUUGUAGAUAUCAAAAUGCUUCCAUCCAUCCAAAUUUAUGUUUAGCCUACAAUUAAGUCAGUUCGGCAUUAAACUAGUCCCAGCAUAGCAGAGUAGUAGAAUGGUGUUUAUCUUUUAGAACUUUGUUACAGUGACUUGCAAAGUCACUAUGACUUAAAUAAAUUGGUCGACCUCUUUAUUGAUAUGGUCGAUAUAUUUGGACAAAAUGGUCGAUCUCUUUGUUAGAAUGGUUGACCAGAUGUACUAUUUUUCAUUUUAUUAUGUUCAACAAACGGUAGACCUCUUCUACUAAAAGGUCUACCUUUUUCACCAAGUGGUCUACCUCUUUCACCAAGCGGUCCAUCGCUUUCAAUAAUCGACGACCUGAUGAAACCAUCGCUAGUGAUACGAUAAUAAAAUUAGAGUCCAAUAAUAAAAGAUAUGAUUGCUAGUAAGAGAUUUAAAAUUAGUACAAACGCAAGAGAACUGCAAAAUCGAAGAUAGCACUCACGAGAGCUCCGACUUUCUCGGAGGAAACCCUAAUCGGCCAAAAACAAAAGUUGUUCAGAUAUGAUAACGACACCGACUUCGUCUGGUCGACUAGCACCAACGGAGAAACCCCCGGACCUGAGUGGUACUAGAAGGCCGGCGGUGGAUUCAUCUUCUCCGAAUGGAAAGAACGCAAGGGAAGCAACUCAGGAAAAGAAAAGAGUCGGGGGUCUAAACUUUGAGCAGGAAGCUACAGAAGUCAAAAUGGAUGAGGGGGAAACUGACCGUCACCAAGAUGCAAUGGGAGGGUCGGGCUCUUCUCCAUGGAAAGCCAGAAUGAAGCUGUUUAGUGACGUGGUAAGAGAGGAAGGAUGGUAUGCGGUGGAGUCCAAUACAGAGGAUGUCACCGAUCGUGAGAAGGAGGAGGAGGAGUAUGUUGUCGAUGAAGAGGAUGAAGACCCUAGAUGUUCCUCACCCCUGUUUAUAGUGGAACAAAAAAUUAAAUGGAGAAGAGAAUGGCGAUCAGCUCUCGUGGUACAAGGGCUAGGCCGACGUGUUCCGUUCCUACCAUUGGCUCGUCGCCUUAACUCGCUAUGGGCAAAACAUGGCGAUAUCCAGAUUUCGGACAUGCUAAACAUAUGUUUUUUUAUUCGGUCCAGGAGCAAGCAAGACUAUGAUUAUGCACUUGAAGGUGGGCCUUGGACAUUGGGAGAUUCUUACCUUGCCGUGCAUAGAUGGUACAAGGGUUUUAAUCCGUGGACGGUGAAGGUGAGAAAUAUGUUGGUUUGGGUGCAACUAUUAGAGAUCCCAGUGGAGUUUUUUAACCGCGAGGCUGUGAUGCAAAUUGAGCCACUGAUUGGGGACCCUAUUCGUGUGUAUAUGGCUAUCGAGUUAGGUGCUCGUAUGAAAUAUGCAAGAGUUUGGGUUGAGGUUGAUUUGACAAGACCACUGUUGGGGAGGUAUAAGAUUAAAGGGAAAGAGUACCUAAUCCGGUACGAGGGUCUGGAUAAUAUUCGUGGUGAAUGUGAAACUUAUGGAAAAUCGGCGGAUAAGUGUGGGUGUAGGAUGAUGGAACCUGAGGAUGGGGAGAGCGGAGGUACUGAAAGUAGGAGCUCACCGUUGGAAGAACAAGCGAAUGGGAGAGAUCUUGGAGACUGGAUGAUGGUUAAGAAAAGAGAAAAAAUAAAUAACAUAAAACCGAAUACUCCACCACUAGAAGUUGGCAUGCAUGCAAAGGGGGGUGGCACGUGACGCGAUGAGAGCAGGAACCGCUUUAAUAUCCUGCAGGACAAUGAGACCUAGAAACGGGGAAGGAGAAGGAGGUUCAAGGUGAUGCUAGGGUCGAGGACGAAGUAGCAAGGAGGGGUGCAAGGGAUCAAACGAUGACAUAGACUGAGAAGGAGGAUAUGGUUUCAAAACAGGAGAAAAUAGAUAGGAUGAGGGAUGAGGGUGAGAAGGAAAAACUUCAGGAACCAGUACCUAGGGAAAGAGAGGUGUGUAGUAAAGAUGUGGCGGGAGAUACCUCGUCGAAGUAUGUGGGAGAAGCGCCUCCGAUUAACACCAACAUGGACUAGGCUGCAAAAGGAUUGGGGAAGGAUGGAAGGAAUGGAGGGGCGCUUGGGAAGGAGGGUACGAAGAGAAACAAUAAAGUGAGGAUGAAUGA